AUGGCUGAUCGACAGCGUUCAAGGUCGCGCUCGCCUCGGCGAGAUCGCGAGAGAGACCGCGACAGACCGAGAAAACAAGGCGGUUUCAAAUGGAAGGACAAUAGCCGCCGCGACGACCGCGACGACAGAAGAGGCCUCGAGCGAGGCUACCGCAAUCGUUCCAACUCUCCUCGCCGCCACCGCGACGGCGACCGUGAUCGGGACCGCAACCGCAACAACGACAGCUACCGCCCCCGCGACUCGGGCCCCAGAGAUAACAGGCCCAGUGCCUCGAGCUCGAAGGAUGCGCCGAAGCCCGCCAAGAAGGACAAGCCCGCCCCUGCCCCGGCUGCUGGCGGUGAGGAGAUGAUAAUCGUGCACGUCAACGACCGUCUGGGUACAAAGGCUGCGAUCCCCUGCCUGGCGUCGGACCCUGUCAAGAUGUUCAAGAUUCUGGUGGCUGCAAGAGUCGGCCGGGAGCCUCACGAGAUUCUCUUGAAGCGCCAGGGCGAGCGGCCAUUCAAGGACAACCUCACGCUGGAGGACUACGGUGUCAGCAACGGUGUGCAGCUGGACCUUGAGGUUGACACUGGCGACUAA